AUGGAUGGAACUGCACAAGAAGUAGAGGAAAUAAAGCACUCAAAUCCAUUAGAAGAGGAUCAGCCAAAUGAACACCAUCAAGAGGAAGAAGAUCGGGAAGAAGGAAGACGACAGAGUAUCGAUAUGCUUCCUCAAUUUCCAGGUGAUCUCUCUCAUAGACUCUCUUCAACAUCGGCUGUAGCUCCUGUACUUCCGGUUCAACAUGAUGAAAUGGAGAUGUCUGACGCCUCACGUCGUGUACGUUCACACACGACUGUACUGCCAAGAGGUUCUCUGCAAUCCGAAACACUGGUCUCACUUCAAUCAUCAACGAGCGCUGAUGCUGGAUCUAAAGGUGGUAGUAUUCGCACUAAGGGUAGUGUCUCUGAACCGUUGGAUCGUGCAGUAUUUAUGGUACAAACAUAUCCUAUUAUGCAAGUGGAAGGUACCGCAUUUGAAAAUCAAAUAUAUCGUCGUGGUACAUUAGAUAGUAUGGAAUCAACUUUAACAGGACGUUCUAUUACUUCACUUUCAAUUGCUGAAGGAGAAGAUAUUGGAGAAACUUCUACAGAUUUGGCUAUGGCAUUAGAACGUGUACGUCGAACUGGAUCUGUGGUUCAACAUGCUGCGAGACUUAAACGGGGAUGUAUGUGGGAAGUUAUCAUUACAAACUUUCUUGUACAUCAAGCUUGGCAAGAAUUAUACCGUCGUUCACGUCUGCGUAAAGUACUUGAGACACUUUUAUUACCUAUUAUAUUAAGAAAGAGGGGAAUAAAAGGUACAAUAAGUAGUACGUUAAAAAAAUUGCAUGUACAUCCACCAGUAUUACUACGUGAGAAUGAGGGACAAAAACCACAGGGAAGUUUUCUUAUUGAACAUUCUCCUUUUUUUGAAGCUUUUCGUAAUCCAAAGUUUUGUGAUACUCUUGCAGAAGUUGUGCAACGAUACCGUUUUCCAGCUGGAGAAGCAAUUGUAAAUGCUGGAAGUCCAUCACAAGAUGCCUUGUAUAUUCUUUAUUCUGGUAAAUGUGAUGCAAUUCUUCCAUCUAAUGAAGAGAGAAAAGUAGUAAAACGUUCUCGUGUUCCACUUGGUGGAAUAUUUGGUGGUCUUUUUGGUGGAAAAUCUGUUUUUACAGAAACGUUUAGAGCGGUUUCACAAUGUAUUGUUUGGAUUAUUUCUAGAGAAGAUUUUGAGUUACUUUUUGGUCAAUAUGCAGAUGAAAAUAUGAAAAAAGUUUACUUGGAUGCUUUUAAAAAACAUCAAAUGGAACGUUUACAUCAAUGUUAUCCAAUGCCACAAUCUAUGAGUCGAGUUCCUAUAUACCGCCAUAUUGAUCGAUCUAUUGAAGAAUAUGUAAAAGAUUUUACACCUUUGGUAUUAACAAAUGGUGAUGUUCUUUUUAAUCAAGGAGAUUCACCUGGUGUGGUUUAUUGCCUUCUUGAAGGACAUGUUGCACGAGAUCAAAUUGGACCAGAUAUGACGUAUGAGAGUGGAACACAACAAAUCAUAUCACCCAAUAAUGCAGAUAAUAAUUUUGCUUUGAAUACACGAUUUUUGCUUUUGGGAGAGGAACCUCAUAUUUUACCUGGACCAUUAAAGUAUAGGUGUACAGUGGUUAGUCGUGCAGCUCUUUUUUAUAAAAUUGAGGGAGAACGAUUUGUUAAUGCCUUAUUAGAUGAUGCAGCUCUUUUUCUACAAGUACGAGAAAAGUUAACAACUCAAAGACGACUUUGGAUGAAACUUGCACCAGAAGCCUUAAGUACUGUUCCUAUAUUGGUAGGAUUACCUUUCUCUAAUCUUAAUAAUAUUGCACAUGCGGCUGAACCUCGAGUGGUGGAACGUUGUGUAUCUAUAUGUGAACCAGCACAAAAUAUUCGAGAAAUUUAUAUUCUUACCGUUGGAGAUGUACGAGAUCCUCGAAACUUUAAUCGUGUUCCGACACAUCCUGCUGUAGUACCACCUUCUGAAAGUGAUGAUUCUCAAGAAAAACAAGUUACUAAGGGAAAGAAGGAAAAACAAGUUAAAUCUCGUCCAGUGCCUCCUGGAAAAGAUGUUAAAAUUAUGAAUACUACUUAUACUACUGAUCAAUUGUCUGGUAGUAGACCACAAAAUGUUUCAGCUGCUAUAGAGGCCUUAUCAUCUGUAUCACCAUUAUUUAAUUCUACUCGAAGUAAAUGGUCAUUUCUUUCUUCUAUUGACAAUGAUAAUGAAAAUACCAUUACAUACCCAGAUGAACAUCAAGAAUUAUCACCUCCAUUACCUCCAAAUCCAGCAAAAAGUUUCCUAUGUACUAUAGGUGGUGGAUGGGAAGGUCUUUUAUUGGAAAAAUGGCCAAAUGGAUGGGAGACGACAACUACGGUGGAAUUAUGGGCAAUACCUAUGCUAACUAUACGAACAGAACUCAAUAGUACACCUAAACUAAUACAAAGUACAAUUAUUUCUAAUGCCCGUGAUUUACAAAUGCGUGAACUUGGUUUACCUGCACCUAUUGUAGCAAAAUUACCACGUUUAAGUGCAUAUCUUCCACCUGAGAAACGUCUUACAAAACACAGUUUAGGGGUUGAAAAAAAUCCUGUUCUUGAAAAAAGUGUGGUUCGUCGAUCAAGAAAAACUCUUGGAAGUGGAUUUUCACGUGAGUUAUCUACUGCAACUGGAAGUAAACAAGGUCGUGCUACUGGUGAUCUCUCUGGAUCACGAUUGAGUACCUUAAGUGAGUUAUCUUUAGGGUCCCCAGUGGAAAAGAAUAAAAACAGUGAAGCAAAACCAUUACAUUUACUCUCACCGUAUACCUCUCGUUCCGUAAAAGCUCUUCCGAAGUAUGGUGAACGUCAAAUUAAAAAAGAAGUGGAUGUGCGUAGAGCGUCUAAAGUUACUUCACAUGUUGAUAAUGCGAAUACAGAAUCGUUUGAGACUCGAAAACCAAAAGCAGGACCUCCUCCAUUAUUAUUUUUACGCAAAUUGGCACCCAAAGAAGAAGAAUCUCCCGUCAUUACACCUGAACUUUGUGCUAUUUACGCUGGAAAAGAACCACAAAAAGGUAUUAUUCGAAAACCACCUUCACCACCACAUCCUAAGAAACAACGGUUACUUCCACUUUCACCAACACAAUUGCAGAGAAGCAAAGAGGAAGGAAGUAAAAGGAAUAGAAAUGUUUAUAGUGAUCAACAGUCAUCAUGGCCAAUAACGACAGGAGUAAAAAAGCAAUGGUUUCAUGUAGUGCCAGACUUUGCUCCUCUUCCUGGAACCGCCAAUAAUCAGAACUACAUUUCACAUACUCCAAACCUUGUACCCAAUAGUGCCAUGAUGGUAAGAAUUGAGAAGGGACGGGGUGAAGUGUUGACUUCUCAAGCAACUUACUUUGCCUCACUGGCGCAAAUGCGUCGCAGCAAAGAGAAUAACGCGGCAUCAUCACCCUCAGCAAUUGCAGUAGCCACAACCACAACCACAAUAACAACUACUACAACUAAAACAGAAGCUGGAGGAGUGGGGAAAUCUAUUCCUACGCCUACUCGUACAACUUCACCAAAGAUGAUGAGUCGCCCUGUUCCUGGUCGACAUGUAUGCUUGCUGUGA